CCGCCAUAUGCUCAACGAAAUCUGCCACGUUAGAAUCGUUUAUUCUGUUUAUCAAUUACCUGCUAACUUACACUCUCAUUCUGCAUCUUCCUGAACGUGUCUUACCACGAAAACUAUGAAUACCAGAUCAAACUACUAUUAUGAUCAUUACGAGGGCCUCUUCUAUGAUGAUGGCAUGGACGAGUAGAGGGUUGCCCUACAAGAGAAGACGUUCGAGAUCGAGCCCAGAACUACUCAAAAAACAUCUUUACAAGCUAUCAUCACCUCCCAUUCGGAAGUUCUUCGUUCGCAUGCCACCUCCGGAUCCUUACACGUCAGAUAUGAAUGUAAUCCCCCGCGCCGGGUUGAAGAUUACUGAAGUAGAUAAAGAGGUCAUGUUCCUCAUCCUAACGUUGUGGAAGGAUGACUGGGGGCUUUUCAUAGCGCGCUUGCUGCUUGUCGUCGAUGAACUAGAGCGAUUGAUGCAGGCAGAUUCCAAAGCAGAUGCACUCAUAUCCGUUCAUGCCUCCAAGAUACUUGGUGAUAUUGCUAUUAUAGCACAGUGUCUGAAGCAGCUGGAGCUGUACCAACCAUGGGCCACCCAAUUUGACCAGGUUAUUCAAGCUAAUACUGAUUUAUACCGAGAUGCUUGGAGUAAGACGCGAGGCAAUUUUAGGCAAUCACAUGAGGCCUUCCUGCGGAAAGAGUUUGAUGAAGCAGCUAGGGUCGCAAAGCCGUCGGGUAGAAAAUUUACCUAUCCGUAUAGCAAACGCCGUACCAAAGCGACGGUAGAUACCAUGCGCCGAGCUGAAGCGAACCGGGACAUCGUCUGGGCCAAGAUCGACCAAGUCACACAAAAGCAUGUCACAGGCUUUGAGAAUACUUGUGUUUACGAGCUGCUUUCACGACCGCGGACCCUGCGAAGGACGGCUGAGUGGGUUGAGCCUGCAAAGACCGACUCGAAGGCCGAGUCUAUUACGAAUCGAGAUCUGUGGGAGCUCAACAAACCUCCUUCGAAACUGUUUUUGGACGGGCCUGCGCAUGAACCUAAGAAGUUCAAGCCGGAAAUCAAGUCAAAGACCAAGGGUGAUCCGACAGAGCCUGCCACUGCCGAGGAGGCGACCCCGCCGGCUGAUGAAGCAGAACCGGCGACUGAAGCCACCCAGCCCACAUUUGCUGUUGAUGCCAAAGCGCUCAAGGUGUUCCGUACUUUGUUCUUCGAUCCCGAAGUAACAACGACUCCUGGCUUGAUCCCGUGGAAUGACUUCCUCUAUACCAUAGCGGCGACUGGCUUUAAGAUUGAGAAGCUGUACGGCUCCGUCUGGCAGUUUACUCAGACUAAGCUGGACGUUGAGCGUGGUAUCCAUUUCCAUGAACCACACCCCAUGGGCAAGAUUCCUUUUGAGACGGCUAGACGACAUGGACGACGAUUGACGAGGACUUAUGGAUGGCAUGGGGGUAUAUUUGUACUGAAGGAAAAGUCCUAGAGGUUUAAAACGUUAGGGUAGAUUUUGUUUGGAUUGUUAUAGAGAUCUAGAUCUUGGUAUUGUCGGAUACCCG